UUUUUUUUUUUGUAUACUAAUAGCUAUUUUGUUAAUUUGUCCAUAUUGAAAUGAAUGCAUUUCUGAAAGUGCUAUAACUAAAUUUAAGGAUAUAAUUCCUCCACUGUAACCUUCUUGAAUACCACGUGCCAACACAGUGCAGAGUAGCUGCCUAAACUCGACAUUAUUGUAAGGACUUUACCAUUAUUAUAUGGUCCUUUACCUUACAGUGUGAAGCACCUUGAGGUGACUGCUGUUGUGAUUUGAUCUUAAAUUUGACCUGUAUUUUAGGUCUUGCAUGUAACAGUGUAACAGGAGAGUUUAAUUUACAUGUAUACACAGCAAAAUAUAAAGACCCAGUUAACCUUAAUGUUAAAACAAUGAACAAAUACAUUUGUAAACACACAAUCUCUUAUAAGAUAGUCAGUUCACCAGGAUUGUGACUUUAGUCUGUAUUUAUAAGAGUGUUUUCCUGAUGACCUUUCAUUUACUCAGGUCGGGUUGGACCAAGAAAAAUGGCCAACAAAACAGCUGGAAAUGCUGCAGUAUGUGCAUUACAAUUCAGAAUGAGCUGUAACAACACUGGCAUAAUUUAGGCUGCUCUGAUGCUUUGUGAAUGUGGUACCUUAUGAAAAUGAGGCCUUAUUACUGCAGGAAGCAUCUUAUCUUGAAUCAUUUAGGUGAUUUAGCUGUUUCAUUUCUCACCCUUCAUUUUCUUUUCCCCUGGUGUAACAAUGUCUUCAUUUUACUCUAGGGAAAAUAGAAAAAAAUCAUCAGGGCCACUUGUUUUCCACUUGACCUGACAUGUCCUGAAAAUUGGGCUGUUUACACAAGAAAGAUGUACCACAGAGAAAGGAAAAUUAGGGCUCUGUGUCAAGUUUUCUCCCCCACUUGGUGGUAGCCAUUAAUUAUUGCAUGAGAACAUAUUUGACUUUAUAAAUUUCUCACAUAAAUUACAACAUGUCUCACUUGAGUAGCAAGAAGACGUGAAUUCAAAUGGCCCAAAAAAUUUUUGUGCGUCUUUCUGUCAUUGACUCUGAAAUCUGUAAACAGUUAUUUUUUACAUUUAAUUUUUAUCAACAGUGGUUGGUCGGUCCCUUGGCUUUGUUUAUGUACACAUAGUGUUCUGCUUCGCCUGUGAUUUGAACAGAUAAAGUGAUGAUUAACUGGUCCAUGCUGUGGAUCUGUAACUUAUAUCAACCUUCCCCUAAUGGAAUGUGACUCAGAAGGUAUCUUUUAAAAUUUCUCUCAGAUUUAUUGGAAUUUUUAACGAGAAGAAAUAAAUGUGAAGCAUAAAAAUGAUUAUCAAUCUCUUCAUUGGGGAUUGAUUGUGUAAUUACUCGCUGUCAGAAAGAGAUUUGACCUCCUGCUUUGUUUGCUGUGUUAUGGUGACCUGGCACUUAAACGCACCACGGUUAUCGAUUUGGCUGUAUCUUUAAUUUGUUUAUCCUUUUUUUCAAACCUUUCCACUGUUCCCAUUGUGUCCAAUGAGCUCAACUAAAUGCCUGUGAGGCAAGCAGAGCCAGUACAUUGUACAGCACAUAGGAGGAUGCUUCGUUUGUAAGUGGUGAGUAGUAGUAUAGUAGUAGUAAUGGUAGAUUGUGGUUUUCUUUCAGCCUCUGCUGUUGUUGUUGUAAACUGUCCACAGUGAUUUCUUUAAAUCUCACUGGAAAUAGACUGGCAGUACAUCACAUCUGUCCUGUGCUGCUAUCGGCUGAACAAAUAAUGAAUAAGCAGUCAACUUUUCUCAGCAAAACAGGUGCAACCAGUGACAAUUCUUCCAUAUUACACAAAUGACGAGUGGGAACUGUGGCACGCAUGAGAAGACACGAGUUGUUUGUGAAUGACUAUUUUUUUUCUCCCUCUGUCCCACCAGCCUUUCUCCCUCUCACACUUUGGUGAAGAUGUAUUAGAAAAGAAGGAGCUGCUUUGCUGACAAAAAAUAAAUAAAAUACGGGAAGAGUAGUUUAAAACUCUUUUUAUUUUGUUCUUUUGGAGCUUAGUGACCAGAAGCUGAAGGCAGACACAAAAAAGCUGAAUAACAGUGGAGCUUUCAAGUUGUCUGACAAGCUUUGUUGGAGAGAAGAGACCCAGAGAGCAAGCAGAGCCCAGCGCAGAGCAGACAGCCGUGCGGACCAGUACUCAGACCCAGGGACAGCCCAGCCUCCUCAGAGCUGGAGCCCCACUCUCCAACUCGCGUCUCGCCAUCGCUGUGUGCCCCCCUCAACGACAUGUACCCCGAAGAGAGCCGGGGGUCUGGAGGGGUAGCCACUGUGGACUUCCUGGAAGGGUCUUAUGACUAUGCCGCCCCCACCCCUGCCCCGACUCCUCUUUACAGCCACUCCACCACUGGCUGCUACUCGGCUCCUCUGGACGCUCAUGGACCACCGUCCGAUGGCAGUCUUCAGUCCCUGGGCAGUGGGACAACCAGUCCACUUGUGUUUGUGCCCUCCAGCCCACGGCUGAGCCCCUUUAUGCACCCGCCCAGCCACCACUAUCUGGAAACCACUUCAACACCCGUCUACAGGUCCAGCCAUCAGCCGGUUCCCAGAGACGACCAGUGUGGUACCCGUGAUGAGGCAUACGGCUUGGGCGAGUUGGGAGCUGGAGCUGGGGGGUUUGAAAUGACCAAAGAGACGCGUUUCUGCGCUGUGUGCAGUGACUACGCGUCUGGAUACCACUAUGGGGUGUGGUCUUGUGAGGGCUGCAAGGCCUUCUUCAAGAGGAGCAUCCAGGGUCACAAUGACUAUAUGUGCCCAGCGACAAAUCAGUGCACCAUUGACAAGAAUCGGAGGAAGAGCUGCCAGGCUUGCCGUCUUAGGAAGUGCUACGAAGUGGGCAUGAUGAAAGGAGGUAUGCGUAAGGACCGCGGACGUGUUUUGCGGCGUGAAAAACGACGGGCCUACGACAGAGACAAACCAGCCAAAGACCUGCCACACACAAAGGCGCCCCCUCAUGAUGGAAGGAAGCAUGCAACGAGCAGCAGCAGUACAAGUGGUGGAGGAGGAAGAUCCUCUUUAAAUAGCAUACCUCCUGAUCAGGUGCUCCUCCUGCUCCAGGGUGCUGAGCCUCCAACCCUGUGCUCUCGUCAGAAGAUGAACCAACCCUACACGGAGGUCACCAUGAUGACCCUACUCACCAGCAUGGCCGACAAGGAGCUGGUUCACAUGAUCGCCUGGGCCAAGAAGCUUCCAGGUUUUCUGCAGCUGUCUCUUCACGAUCAGGUGCUGCUGCUGGAGAGCUCGUGGCUGGAGGUGCUGAUGAUCGGGCUCAUUUGGAGGUCCAUCCACUGUCCUGGCAAACUCAUCUUCGCACAGGACCUCAUCCUGGACAGGACUGAAGGCACAUGCGUCGAGGGCAUGGCCGAGAUCUUCGACAUGCUGCUGGCCACAGCGUCCCGCUUUCGGAUGCUCAAGCUCAAACCUGAGGAGUUUGUCUGUCUCAAAGCUAUCAUUUUGCUAAACUCCGGUGCCUUUUCUUUCUGCACUGGCACAAUGGAGCCCCUUCACGACAGCGCGGCAGUGCAACACAUGCUGGACACCAUUACCGAUGCACUCAUAUUUCAUAUCAGCCAAUUGGGGUGCUCGGCUCAGCACCAGUCAAGAAGACAGGCCCAGCUGCUCCUGCUGCUCUCCCACAUCAGGCACAUGAGCAACAAAGGCAUGGAGCACCUCUACAGCAUGAAGUGUAAGAACAAAGUGCCUCUGUACGACCUGCUGCUGGAGAUGCUGGAUGCUCAACGCAUCCAUCGCCCAGUCAAACCAUCUCAGUCCUGGUCCCAGGGUGACAGAGACUCUCCCAACACCAGCAGCAGCGGCGGGGGUGGCGGCGAUGAUGAAGGCACCUCCUCGGCUGGUUCCAGUUCAGGACCUCAAGGCAACCACGAGAGCCCGAGGUGUGAGAACCUGAGCAGAGCGCCCACAGGUCCAGGUGUCCUGCAGUACAGGGGGUCCCAUUCCGACUGCACCCCCAUCCUAUGAAGGUUUAAAGUCAUUUUUAUGGAUGGUUUGUGUAGAGAAUUUUUAAAAAAAAAGGGGUUGGUGAAUUAAAGAUGGUGGUUAUAGUCGAGUUUGCAUGAGAGAAUAUUUAUAAAUGAGGUGAUUUUUAUAGCUGUUUAGUGAGAACCUUCUCAUUGGAAUUGCACAGCAGUCUGAAUUUCAGUGCUGUCAGCCUUGUACGCUGCCUUUAAUGAUACCUGUGAUUUUCAAUCAGCUUUCCAGUACCGCUUAUCAUUUCCAAAACAGCAGAUGUUUAAUGUGGUGCUCUGUUAGCUACGGUGAUUUCAAACAAUGAGCAGCUAAUCUUUCUGUUUAUUCGCCUCGACCAAAGUGCACUUCCUCUGUGAUUUAAGAGGCUGAUGGGCAUUAUUUUUUCAUAUAAAGGAAAUAAAAGAGAAAGAAUUACGCAGGAAAUGAUGGUAAAACUAGUUCAAAUGAACGUGGAAUUCGUUGUGCUUAGAUGCCGGUAUUGUUAAAAAGUAGAUAUCAGGUAAUGUGGGUGAGCGCACCCAAUUUUUUCUCAGAUAUAUCUGAGAAAAAAUAUUUUAGUGAUGGCAAUUUUGAAGUGAGGAGUGGGAGAGGAUGUAUCUGUUGAAUUUUAAGUUGGCAGAAAUUGUGCGAUCGAGUCCUAAAUAUCAGUUGGCUGUUUGUUGGGUAACGUCUGUGUACAGGAGGAUUGUUCUCUGUGCUAACCUACGUCAAAUCCUUUUUCCUUACUCUGUUAUGUGGCCGUCCGUGUUCACUGUGCACGUGUGUGGUUAGCAGAGAGACUACACGCUGAAACAGGUAAUAACGGUGUUAAAAAGGAAGUCUCCAAAAUGAAUAUAUGUCAACCUAAUUUCUGUUUAAAUUGCAGAAUUUGAUGCAGCUGAAGAAAUGAAACACCUAAAAGGAAGUUUAUCAGAUUUUUUUUCUCUUUUAGUUGGCUUACAAAUUCCUGAGGUCACGUAUUCAAACUAUUUUUGGGUCUGACUAACAGCCUGAAAUGGUUUCAACACACAGUGAGGACAAAUUUAACAGCCAGCUUGCCAACUUUAGAUUAGCUGCAACAGUGCAGUCAGCCUGGGGGUUGUUUAGCCUCUGAAUAAUUUGCUACAACAUGCCACUCAACGUUUUAGGCUUAAAAUCUUGCAUCAGAUUAAAUGCACAUUUUGGACUGCAUAGAGUAUACCAAUAUACGUUAUAUAUUGGUUGCACUGUGCAAAAGUCUUGAUUCGACCCUCAUUUGUUUUUAUUUUUCUAGGAAAAUGAGAAAUAGAUGCAGGGAUUUGUUGGAACCUGUGAAAACAAGCAUAAAAAUACAGUAUAUAAGGUAAAAACAGAGUUUGUACAGAUGUAAUGAGCUUGAAAGUCAAGAUUUGCUCUAACCACGUUUAUUUUUUAAAGCAGCCUUAACUGGCUUAGGCAAACUUUCUUGUGAUUUCUUUAAGUAGUCUUCAGGAAUAGUUCUCUAGGCUCAUUAAAGGACAUUCAAAACUCUUCUUUGAAUGUUGGCUGCUUUUUGUUCUCUUGUCUAUGAAGACGACCUCACACUGUUUUGAUAAUUAAGGUCCGGGCUCAGGGAGAGACGCUUUCCAGAUAGUAUCAAUCCCUUAUGCUACUUUUGUGCAUUCACAAUUCCUUCAAUUUUGAGAAGAUCUCCAACCCCACUGGCUGAAAUGCAGCCCCAAAACCCUGACAGAACGUCCACUCACAUUCUCUGUUGUUCCUCUCUCCUGACCUUCUCGGCACAUAUUUAAAAUGAAUUGAACCAAAAGUUUAGGUUUAUCAGCUCUUUUAUCAGAAGGACUUCACUUUCCCUUACUGUUCAUCUGCUAAUCAGAAAUAUUACUUCUUCUUUUGUCCUCCAGCUUUUAAGUUUCCGGAAUUUUGCAAACCCUGUUGGGAUACGCUGGGAUAGGUUUUUGGGAAAUAGCUCUUUCGGAAUCACCUUGUUGUUGCCAAAAUACAUUGUCUGCCUGCCAAACUGUGGUAUUCUUGGUAUUUUUGAUAUAUUUGGCAAAAGAAAUGGGAACAAAUGAUGAUUAAACUUUUGCAACAGGAUGCUAGCAACAAAGCUCAGGGGAGUUUAAAAGUGCUGCUUUGCUAAAUUGUCUGUACUGUUUAGACACAGCACUGGUCCAUCUCUUGAGUUAGGUGCCUUUUUUUAUGCUUAAUUGAUUUAUGGGUUAGUGUUAAAGAAAAAAAUAUGGUGUGAAAGAACCAAUGUCCAAA